AUGGCUCUCAAAUACAACAAACUUGCAGGCAAGCAUGUUCUCAUCAUAGGCGGGUCAUCAGGCAUUGGUCUAGGCGUCGCAGAAGCUUCUCUCGCUAGCGGGGCAAACUUGACAAUCUCGUCUUCAUCCAUAGCCAAGCUCACUGCUACUGUCACAUAUCUGCGAAAUGCCAUCCCAUCUUCUUCGCAGCAGAAGAUUCAGAGUUUCGCAGCCGAUCUCUCUGGACCAGAUGCCGAAGCCAACAUUGAGGCUGUCUUCAAGCAGGCCGGCCCCAUCGACCACGUCGUCUUUACGGCGGCAAACACGCCUUCCUUAAUCAUGCUUCAAGACGUCACACCCGGUCAGAUUGUUUCUGCCUGUCAAAUGCGUUUCGUUGCGCCUUUGAUGGUCGCCAAAGUAGCAGAAAGAUAUCUGCCGAAGAGCAACGAAUCAUCCUUCACUAUCACGAGCGGUAGUGCUGCGCAGAAGUCGACGCCUGGCUGGUCAGUGAUCUCUUUUCUUGCUGGUGGGCUGCAAAGUGUAGUCAAGCAGCUAGCAGUAGAAUUGAAGCCUCUGAGGGUCAAUGUCGUUGCUCCUGGAUUCGUUGACACUGAACUUUGGGAUGGUAUGAAGUCGGAUGAGAAACAGUUCAUGGUCAAAGCUGUGGAAGAAAAAGUCCCGACGGGGCGAUUUGGUACAGUUGAAGACGUGGCCGAGGCAUACAUUUGGCUCAUGAAAGACCGCAACGUCACGGGGACUGUAGCGGCGACUGACAGUGGUGCUCUUGUUGUGUAA